AUGUAAGCUCGACGCAUCAGCACCCAAACACAAUUGAUCAUUUUCACUCUCUUUUCUAUUUUAAUCAAUUCCAUCACUCCAAUUCCAAUUCCCCAAUUCUCUUAAACCCUAACUUAUAUACACUUCUCGAUUCUCAAUUCUAGGGUUUUCAAUCUUGAUUCUUUUCCCCAUCAUUCUUGAUUCUCAAUCCCAAUUUCUCGAAUGAUAAUCAUCAAUCAUCAUCGUCGUCGUCCUCCUCAUUCAAUUUGCUGAAUUUUGCAUUUCAAUGUCAUCCGUCGGUACAACUCCGACAAACCAACCAUUUCAAUCUGAUCGUCCUCCUUUGAAGCGCAAACUGGAAGAUUACGAUUCUCCCGUCUCUCAAUUUUGCAAGAAUUCGAAUUCGAACACCAAUUGCAAGGAAAAAUCCGUAAUUCAUGAUGAUCAUCUUGAAUAUGAAUUACCUAAGGGUAAUGAUUUCUGCUUCCGAGGCGAAUCGAGUGGGAUUUCCUGCGAUUUGAUGGGGUCUCAUCAGCUUCAAUUCUUUGUCAGAUUGAUUUCUGGUGGAAAUUCCCUUAUUUUGCGCGCGAAUUUGGAUGAUACAGUUGAAAGGUUGCACGAGAAAAUCCAGAAUGUUACCGGGAUACCGAGUUCGGUGCAAAGAUUAGUUUAUCAAGGUAAGCAGUUGCAGUGGGAGCAGACAUUGAAACAGUGCAACAUUCAGAAUGAUUCAGUGCUUCAAAUGGUGGGAAGAAUGCGGAGCGCAAAGCAUCCUCAAGCUUGGGUCGUAAUUGGCGGUAUGAUUCAUGACAUUCGUAGUAGUUAUAGGAGUGUUAAUUUGAAUUAUGUUACUUAUUAUACUAAUAAGAUUAAGAGUCAGAUGAAGGGUUUUAUGACACUUUCACUUGAUAAUAGAUAUCAUCCUGUUAAUAAUGGUAAGAAAGGAGAUGUUCGUAAAAUUAAAGGAACGAAUAAUGGUGAUGACGAUGAUGAGGAGGAGGAGGAGAGUUAUGCCGAUGCUUUUAAUAAUAGGAGCAUUGAUAAGUGUGAUUAUUGUGAGAUUUUCAUGACUUCUUGUGCUCCUCAGAGUUUAGUCAUGCUUUAUGCGUCCAAAGAGAGGGCGAAUCAGGAGUGUGCGGAGGAAUGUAUCCGGUCGUUUGUGAAUUUCAUGAAGAGUUUAAAAGGGACUGGGAGUGAGAGAGCUUAUUGUGCUAAGACGGUGUUGGUGUUCUGUGAAUUGCUUAGGAAGCUGGCCACGGAAGAUGACUUACUGUAUAUACAUUGCAGGAGCACUCUUGGGUCAAUGAUGGUGAAUGUUUUGGUGACGAAUGUGUUUAAGGAAGUGUAUGGUCAUGAUGGGUCCGAAGAGUUGUAUGGGAUCCCUAUUGGAGCUGUGUUUCCUCUCUUGAAGGAAGUAGGGGAAAGGUUGGUGAAGGACUUGAAGCUGAAUGUUGUAUCAGAUUCCAGCCUCGGGCCUUUGCAUCGAGAUGUGAUCGAUUUCUCUAAUUUUCUGCAACCUGUGUUAACUUUCAUUGAAAGAGAACGAGCAUAUCGGGCUAAGGGAGAAAUCAACCUUUUUGAUGAUCUUCUCAAUACUCUUUUCAAUGAUCUACACUGUUGGAUUGACAAAUGUCUUAAAAAGGUGGAGCUUUGCUUAGGUGUGAAGGGAAAAAAGUUUGUGGAAGCUAAUCUACUUGGGUGGUCUCAGUAUCUUGCUAUUUUAAAGGAAUUGCAUAGUAUUUCUCUACUAAACCCAGAAUCAGAAGGCCGUUUAUGGACCACACUGAGACAAAGUAAGACAGCACUGUGUGGCCUUAUUGUCAGGUAUGCCAGGCGUGUUGAUGACCAUAGCUGGCUUCUUAAGCAUAAGGAUGACCUGGAUUUUCAAUCAAGGAGGCAUUUAGUUUCAUUACUGUUUCCGGAGGUGAGAGAAGAUUAUGAUGAAUUGCUCGAGAUGUUGAUUGACAGGUCCAAUUUGCUGGCUGAAUCAUUUGAGUAUAUAUCUACUGCAAUCCCAUCUACACUGCAGGCUGGUCUCUUUAUGGAAUUCAAAAAUGAAGAAGCUACAGGUCCUGGGGUUUUAAGGGAGUGGUUUUGCUUAGUAUGCCAAGCAAUUUUUGAUCCAGAAAGAGCUCUUUUUGCAUCUUGCCCUUUGGACCGUCGAAGGUUCUUCCCUAGUAAAGCAUCCAAGGUACAUCCUCUACAUCUUCGAUACUUCCUAUUUUCCGGGAGGGUAAUUGCUUUGGCUCUGAAGCAUAAAAUUCAAGUUGGUGUUGUUCUGGAUCGUGUCUUUUUCUUGCAACUGGCAGGAAGACAAGUUUCCAUCGAAGAUAUACGGGAUGCAGAUCCUCGCAUCUAUAGUAGCUGCAAACAAAUAUUGGAGAUGGAUGCUGAUUUUGUGGAUUCUGAUGGUUUAGGGCUGACAUUUAGUAUUGAUAUUGAAGAGCUGGGGAAAAGGAAUGUUGUAGAACUCUGUCCUGGAGGAAAAGACAUUUCUGUGAACAGCAAGAACAGGAAGGAAUAUGUUGACCUUAUCGUUCAGCAUCACUUUGUGUCCUCUAUUUCUGAACAAGUAUCGUAUUUUGCUCAAGGUUUUGCUGACAUUCUUUCUGAAGCAAAUCUGCGUGAAACCUUUUUUAAAAGCUUGGAGCUGGAAGAUCUUGAUUGGAUGUUGCAUGGAAGUGAAAGUGAGAUAUGUGUUGAAGAUUGGAAGUCACAUACUGAUUAUUAUGCCUAUAAAAAAUCUGAUCCUCAGAUAAAAUGGUUUUGGGAGGUGGUUGGACAAUUUAACGCUGAGCAGAAAAAAACUCUCCUCUUCUUCUGGACAUCAAUUAAGUACCUUCCUAUUGAGGGUUUCAGUGGUCUUUCAUCUCGACUGUGCAUCUACAAAUCCUUGGAUUCCCAAAAUUGUUUGCCCUCAUCUCAUACAUGCUUUUUUCGAAUUUGUAUCCCACCGUAUCCAUCAAAGACUGUCAUGCGACAACGCCUCCAUUUGAUCACCCAAGAACAUAUAGGUUGCAGCUUUGGCACUUGGUGACAGGUGAUCUUGAUGACAUCAGCUAGAUUUUGGGGGUGGGAUCUGCACAUAAAUGAAGACUUUGGCUUAGAAUUUGUACAUAUAUCUUAGAGUAAGUUUAGGAUGCGAGCUUGUGCCACAGAAUUGGUGCUCUUGCUUUGAAAAAGUUUGGUAAUACUCAUUAUGAACAUUUACCUGCAUAAAAUUUAUGUAAAAAGUUCACUCAGAUGAAGAUUUGCCGCUCUGAAACUUCUCUGGAUGUUUUAUUGUAACGCCCUUGGUGUACAGCAUUUUCAUGAAUGAAUUAAAAAUUGGAAUUUUCAAUCUGAAAUAACUGUUAUGAAUGUUGAAUUUUUCUAGCUA